ACAUGAAGCAAGCUAAUGGAGCCCAUCUGUGUCGCAUAUGACAGAAAGACAAAACACAAAUCUUAGAUCAUUUAAGAUAACUUUUGGGCACGCGUUGUAACAUUGUAUCUGGCUAAAUCUUUCGGGAAAUACAAGUCAAUAGGCUAUACCUAUGACGCUACGAGGACAGAGAGUGUAGUAGAGAAAACGAGCUCCUAUUGUUACAGGUAGAGAGAUAUAUGAAUUGAUAUACUGUGUUGUAAAAUGAUAACGGAGAGAAAGAGGGAUAUCUGAUCAUGUCCGUGUCAAGUACAAGUCCAAAUAAAUAUUAACGACGUCUGGAAUCCAACAGUUUCACCGCAAUUAUCAAACGGCAAGAGUCCGACAAAACGCCGAACCUCAACAUGUCAAACCGGUACAUGUCAACAGCUCGUAGGCACGGUUUAGCGGAGACGCAUCUCUCGACGCCAGGAGCUGUAUCUGGCCAAAUACACCAGGACUUCUAUAUCUCUCAUCUGAUUCGUCAACUUGAGGACUUGGACAUGUCAAGUGGCGUCAGAGCACAGAAGAUAUUUCCAUCAACACUCAAUUCAAGUAUCUACCUGACCACCUGCCAUGGCCCAUCAGAGUCUACAUCAGUCCAGAGCCAAUCACAGAGAGCCCAGUUCAGGAUGAUCCACAGACGUCCAACAAUCAACAUCCAUCAUCUCAACAGCAGGCUACGGCACCCGAGUUUCACCAAACAUAACCAAGGGGAGGGCCGGGACACAAGCUCCAGUGAGUCUCUGUUGAAAAUCACACCUGUCCAGGCAGCUUACACUGUCAAUUCGAGGGACAGGAGAAGGGGCAAUGGGGAGAGGGGGGUAAAGACAUUCUACUGUUGGGGCCCAAUGAAUGACAGAGCAGGGCUUGGGUCAGGAACCAGCACCGAUGGGUCAAAGAGAAACGGUAGCAGCACACCGGCAGACAUCCACUCUGACGCCAGCGAUCUAUCCGACCAAGAGAAAGGGGGCGCCCAGGCCCACGAGUGGGUCACGCCCGAAGUAGAGCUCCGGUUGAGGCCUGAACCUUUCGACUUAGACCUGGACUCCGACUUGCACUUCUCGGAGUCGUCGGAGGCACAGUCACCAUUUGCGGAGGUGCUCCCAGCAUCUCUGAAAGUGCUGGAUCUGACCCGUAGUCUGCCCAGCACGGCCGAUUGGGAAAGUCGCCAGAGCCUGCACAUGCGAGAGCCUUCAUUGGUUGCCAUCGUAAGCAGACUAUCUGAGAUGGAGGAUCUGCAGGCGGCCACAGUACAGCGAGAGCUGACCAAAACGGGCCGGUGUCGGCCGGCUACGGCCAUCAGCUUGACCAGGAGCACUUCUCGCUUGAGGAAAGCAGAUUCAGUUGUGUCCAGUGUUAAGGAACUGAGCCUGUCUCGAGACUCACGCACUAGGCCGACUUGUGCUCCUUACAAACAGAAUCGCAUCAGGGUGGGUGCAAGGCCACAUACAGUAUUUAAGAGGCCCUGUUCCAGCUCAGCCAAACUAAACAGGACAGAGACCCUUGUCCAGGUCCAGGCUUGGGGUGAGGGAUCAACACCAAAACCUACAGGUUGCACCAAAAUCAGAAAAGCCAAAGCUAGCAAGAAAGGUACAUUGACCUCCCACAGAAUGUCACCACCAAGCUCUGCAAAGAGAACUAAAGCCAGGGACUUGAGAAAAGCUUAACACAUUGGUGAUUACACAGACUGUGCAUUUAGAAAGCCUUUUCCUUUGACAGGGUGUUACUGAUCGCUGCACAAAGUAGAACAUGACAGCUAAGUGAACUAGUGUACCAGUCAAUGAAUGUACAAAAUAUCUCAUUAGACCUUACCUGAACCCUUUGGUGUCAUGACGAUAUAACAUGUCAAAGUUCAGGCAAUGUUAUCUACGUAGGUACUGGAAGCUAGUUGACUAGUGGGAAUUAGCAUGCCUAAAUAACACUUUGUUCAGGGUUCAAAUUAUAAGUUCUAAGUUCAUAUUCUAGCACCCCUUAAAUUCAAACCAUGGUUGGGUCAUGUUUGUUUUAAGUCAGUUGUCAUUAAGCAGACAGGCUAAGUCAUGAUUGUUUUUGUGACAUCUUGUCAUUAUGGCAACACGAUUAAUGUAGGCUAUGGCAGCGUCCAAGUAAACUGUUACCAAAGAAACUCAAAAUCUUCCGAUAGUCUGUGCCUAUGUUUAUUAUAUUAAUAUGCCAAAUGGAAAAAUGAACACAUGUUCUCAAUUAAGGACGGCGCAUGCACAUUGAUGUUAUAUCAUAAGGAAACAGUAGUGUACAAGAUUACAUUGAAUAAAGUGAAGGAUGUAGACAAAUGUGUUACAUAACAUUAAAAAAAUAUAAAUUUCUGUUUUAACGUUUUCUAUUUGAGAAAUAUCCACGGGGGCUCAUUCGUUGAACAUCUUCCCCUGGUCUCCAGUCUUACAUGGGCACCAAAGCAGAAAGAGGAGACUGAAGGAACCAAAGCAGGGAAGAGAAGUUCUGACUUACCCUGAAAAACAAAACACAAAAUUGCAAUGUUACCAGUGAUAACAUGAAUCUGGCCAUUUUUAAUCAAUAACAAGAAAAAGUAUUACCUUUAUUGUUGGUCACUUUGGCAUAGAUUUAGCCACAUUAUAACCAAAGUUCAAUCGAACUAAAUACAAUUUAUCAUGAUUUCCAUAUACUUUCUCAGAAUCCAUCGGCAAAACAUUAGAGUUCAUGAACAAAUCUCAGUCUAAUGGGUCCAAAAUCUCACCCAAUGUGUCUAAUACUGACUCAUUACGAUAACAACGUGUAAUAGUGACUCAUUACGGUAACAACGUGUAAUAGUGACUCAUUACGAUAACAACGUGUAAUAGUGACUCAUUACGGUAACAACGUGUAAUAGUGACUCAUUACGAUAACAACGUGUAAUAGUGACUCAUUACGGUAACAACGUGUAAUAGUGACUCAUUACGAUAACAACGUGUAAUAGUGACUCAUUACGAUAACAACGUGUAAUACUGACUCAUUACGAUAACAACGUGUAAUAGUGACUCAUUACGAUAACAACGUGUAAUAGUGACUCAUUGCGGUAAGAACGUGUAAUACUGACUCAUUGCGGUAAGAACGUGUAAUACUGACUCAUUACGGUAACAACGUGUAAUACUGACUCAUUGCGGUAACAACGUGUAAUACUGACUCAUUGCGGUAACAACGUGUAAUACUGACUCAUUGCGGUAACAACGUGUAAUACUGACUCAUUGCGGUAACAACGUGUAAUACUGACUCAUUGCGGUAACAACGUGUAAUAGUGACUCAUUGCGGUAACAACGUGUAAUAGUGACUCAUUACGAUAACAACGUGUAAUAGUGACUCAUUACGGUAACGUGUAAUAGUGACUCAUUACGAUAACAACGUGUAAUAGUGACUCAUUACGAUAACAACGUGUAAUACUGACUCAUUACGAUAACAACGUGUAAUAGUGACUCAUUACGGUAACAACGUGUAAUAGUGACUCAUUACGAUAACAACGUGUAAUACUGACUCAUUACGAUAACAACGUGUAAUAGUGACUCAUUACGAUAACAACGUGUAAUACUGACUCAUUACGAUAACAACGUGUAAUAGUGACUCAUUGCGGUAAGAACGUGUAAUACUGACUCAUUGCGGUAAGAACGUGUAAUACUGACUCAUUGCGGUAAGAACGUGUAAUACUGACUCAUUACGGUAACAACGUGUAAUACUGACUCAUUGCGGUAACAAUGUGUAAUACUGACUCAUUGCGGUACCAACGUGUAAUACUGACUCAUUGCGGUAACAACGUGUAAUACUGACUCAUUUCGAUAACAACGUGUCUAACGCCGACUCAUUACAGUAACAACGUGUAAUAGUGACUCAUUACGGUAACAACGUGUAAUAGUGACUCAUUGCGGUAACAACGUGUAAUAGUGACUCAUUACGAUAACAACGUGUAAUAGUGACUCAUUACG